CCUCUCACCUCCCAUCCCCUCUCCUCCCUCCCUCCCUGGUGUUGGACAGGAUGUCGCCAUGGCGACGGGACAAACAGAUGAUAACAAGCGGCCAGUACUUCAGGGCUCAUUUCAAAGUUCUGACAGCGACCCGGACACACAGACACCAUCAUGGCGGAGAACCCCGACAUGGAUCAGCUGCUGGCCUCCUUCAGGAGGUUCUCGGUCCACGGCGACUCCAAGUCCAGCGGGACCGAGCUGAACGGCAAGAACUGGGCCAAACUCUGCAAAGACUGCAAGAUCAUCGACGGGAGGAGCGUCAGCGCCACGGACGUGGACAUCGUCUUCUCCAAAGUCAAGACCAAGACCUCCCGGGUCAUCACCUUCCCUCAGUUCCAGACCGCUCUGCAGGACCUGGCACCAAAGAGGUUCAAGGGUCAGAGUCCAGAGGAGGCCAUCAAGUCCAUCUACGCUCUGGUGGAGUCUGGAGAACCCACCAAUGCUGGAGUGACGAAAGUGGUGAAGGCGGCGGCGGUGGACCGACUGACCGACACGUCCCGCUACACCGGAUCCCACAAGGAGCGCUUCGACGAGGGCGGGCGCGGUCGGGGGCGCGGGGGCCGUGAGGAUCUCGUGGAGAACACCGGCUAUGUCGGUGCCUACAGGAACGCCGGAACGUACGACUCCAAGGUGAAGGGAGAGAAGUAGAGCGGCGCCCCCUGCGGGGAGCUGGCGAGGAGCUCCGCUGCAGCACUUAAGUCUGGACCAAACCUUGAACUCUUGCGUGUGUGUGUGUGUGUGCGUCUGUAUGUGUAUGUGAAGAGUUUCCUGAAGCCCCUCCAAUAAAG